AUGGCAUCCAGUUUUGCUCCAAUCUUUGCUCCAGUUUUCAACGGUGACCAGUACCAUGUUUGGGCUGUCAAGAUGAAAACAUAUCUGAGGGGCCAUGGCUUGUGGCAAUAUGUGGAAGAGGAGAAGCAAGUUCCCUACCUUGGACCCAACCCGACGCUGAACCAGAUGAGAGUUUAUGAAGAAGAAGCAGCCAAAGCUCCAAGAGCAUUGUCUUGUAUACAUUCAACCGUGACAGAUCAGGUCUUAUCCAGGAUCAUGGCAUGUGAGACACCUAAACAAGCCUGGGACACUCUCAAGGAGGAGUUUGGAGGGAGUAACCAGACAAGAAAUAUGCAGACUCAUGGCUAUGGUAAACAAAAUCAAGCUGCUAGGGGAGGAACUAACCAGAGAGUGGUAGAGAAGGUCCUGGUCAGCUUACCUGAGAGGUUUGAAGCAAAAAUUUCAUCCCUAGAGGACUCAAAAGAUCUAUGCCGAAUCAGCUUGGCUGAGCUGGUUCAUUCACUUCAAGCCCAGGAACAAAGAAGGCAGCUAAGGCAAGAAGACUCAACUGAGACAGCCAUGUAUGUAGGUCAAAAAGGAAGAGUACAAGGAAGAGAAGACAAGAAAUAUAGUGGUGAAAAGAAAGGAAAAGAGAAGAGCUACAAUCAAGGGGGGAAACGUGGUGGACAAAGAUCAUUUCCUCCAUGUGUGCACUACAAAAAGAAGAACCAUCCAGAAUAUAAGUGUUGGUUCAGACCUGGCAUACAAUGCAGGUCAUGCAAGCAGUAUGGACACAUAGAAAAAGUGUGUAAAAGUAAAGGAAUUCAGCAUGAGCAGUAG